AAGAGGUUGACAAGCCACAGCAACAACCACUCGACAUCGAGGCUAGCUACAUAGAAAGAAGCACAGAGAAUCGGAUUCAAUGAAUCGAGGAUGACUUCGAGGAUGACGAUGUUGACCAUGGGACCAAUCGGACAACUCUUUGGCCUAUUUUCCAUUCUCUUGCUUGUCUUUCUUCUUCGGCUCAUCCAUCUCAUUCGAUCUACCCAUCAACUCCAAUCUCGUUCACAGUCGUCUGGUCGAUUACAGACAUGCAAACUCACCAUCCUCCUGGGUAGCGGAGGCCACACGGGCGAAAUGAUUCGAUUACUAUCAGGGCUUCCGUUCGAUCGGUAUACUCCAAGGACCUAUAUCAUCUCGUCAGGUGAUUCAUUGAGCAGGUUCAAGGCUCUGGAGCUCGAACGACUCAAACAAGCCGGCCAAUAUGAAUUCCUUGAGAUUCCGCGUGCCAGAAGAGUCAAUCAAUCCUUUGUGACAAGCAUAUUUACAACGAUCACCUCCUUACUAGUUUGCCUGCGGUUUAUUUCGAUUAAACCCAACUUCUCACCGUGCUUGGUGACCCCACAAGAAGACAGCACAGAUGAACAGGCCUGUUCAUCUGCAGUGAUAUUGAAUGGGCCCGGCUCAGCAGUGCCGAUCGCCCUGUCGGUCUUCUUACCUAGGUUAAUCACAGGAAAACUUAAACCGCGACUAAUCUACGUUGAAUCCUUGGCAAGAGUCAAAAAAUUGAGCCUGACGGGUAUACUCUUGCUACCCUUUAUGGAUUGCUUCAUCGUCCAAUGGAAGGUUUUGCAGGCUGAGAUCCAUCGAUCGAGGUUGUAUCAAGUUCUCUAUCGUCUCAAAUUAGUUUCUGCCAUUACAUUUGAUGGUUGGAUGGUAUAAGCAACACGAUCACUUGUCCCCCUGUCAUGUGCCGUUCCACUGGAGGCUGGGAGCAUACUUGUUGACGCCCCUACAAACGACGUUGAGUCUCGGCUACGAUAUCCAGUCUACAGGAGAAGGGAACCACGAACCCAAACACUGGACCAUAGCAAUCUAUGGAAUUCACACCAUGGAGGUUUAUUUUGCAUGCUUUCAAACUCACAUGCCUGGAAAAGUAUUGAUUGUAUUGGUUUCUUCUUCGAGAUGUAAAAAGUGAACCAGAUGGCGCUAGUUAACAAAAUCUCUCAAAUAGUUGGGCGCGUCACUAGUUGCCUCUUAGCAUUUGCUCGUUCGGAACAGUUUUGGCUCUCGACCAGAAAUGACAAUGAACAUCCUGGCACCAAUUAUCGGACUGACCGGCUAGUGAAAACAUUUUCUCGCUCACACACCACUACUGUUUCGAAGUGACCUUCAUACUCCGGGAGACUCUCACAAAGCCAUCCUCAUGGGGUUUGACUAAUUAGUAGAAUCGCGAUGUUUCAACAUAAGGGGGAUCAAUUGCAAAUGAAACACAUGU